CUUUAUUUUGCAAGAUUUUUCAUUUGUUUAUUAAAAUAAUAAAUUAUUUAUCAAAGUUGAAUGUUGAUAGACAAAAUGAUUUCACGAUUGACAUCGGUCAUUUUAUUAAUUUUUUUAAAAACAGAGUUAGCUAAAGCUCUGCCUACCAUGAACUGUGAUGAAGUCCAAAUGAAAAGCGAGCUGGAGAAAUGCCUGAAACCAUUCAAUAAUAAUUACAGAAAUGGAGUUGAAGUUCUCAAAAACUUGCCUGAUUCACAAGUCAAUGAAAUUUGCGGUGAAUUUGAGCAAGUAAAGCCAUGCAUGAUCCUCUUCAUGCAUUACUGUCCUGAUGUCAAGAAGAAACACAAAAAGUUGGAUAAAUUUGAGUAUGCCUGCACUGCAGACAGAAAAUUAGAUACUUGGCCUGCAAUGCCCAGUGUGAUUGUUGACAAUGAGGAUGAAAAUAAAGAAGAUGAAGAGAGAAGGUGGACGAUUGUAAAAGCCUGCAUAGCAGCUGGUGUUACAGUCCUUCUGAUUCUCUUCUGUGCCAUGGCGGAACUCAUUUCCAAAUUAAGAGUUUACUUGAGGGUUAAAAGGGCUGCCAAGCAGUCUGCCCAAGCUGAUCUGCAAUCUCUUAUCAAGAAACCAGAGGAUCCUGAUAACGCACCUGGUGCUGAGAAAAAGUGCUAGCCUGAGUGAUUUAUGGUGAAAAUGUUGGUGUGUCUGUGUGUGUGUGGU